AUGUCGUCUGGGACUUCCAAGAACGCCACUAGGAUGCUCUGGGUGCUCCAAGCCUCUUGGCCUGGGGACAGUAUGGAGUGGGCGGGAAAGUCUCUGGGCACCUGCUUGACGUCUCAGCAUCUUGAGUCCACCGUUUCAGCCGAGAAACAAGAUGCCGCGGAGACAGCCAGGGUUUGGUCACGGGAUGUUAUUAAAAAAGAUACUAACACGAAACUGAAGAACCCCCUCACAGGAUUGACUCGGGAGGAGCUUUACCGUGAUGUUGAAGAAUUUGCCCGAGAGAAAGAUCUCGAGGACAUUGUGGACCAGCUCAAACGGGGCGCGCUGGUGGCCCAAGACCCGAAAGCUUUCGAGGAACUUAGUGAAUUAUCUGAAGGCGAGAAGGAACUCCUCCGACGUGAGAAGACUCACCGAUGGAGUCAACCAUUCAUGAUGUAUUUUAUGACCAUCCUCUGCGCUGGUUCCGCAAUUGUUCAGGGAAUGGAUCAAACUGCAGUGAACGGGGCACAAGAAUACUACUUUGUGGAGUUCAACAUCACGAAUUCGUGGUUGCAAGGCCUAGUGAAUGGCGCUCCAUAUCUUUGUUCAGCACUUAUCGGCUGUUGGACUACUGCUCCGCUCAAUCGCUGGUUCGGACGACGCGGUUGUAUAUUUAUCUCCUGCUUCAUCUCAUUUGCUUCCUCCUUCUGGAUGGCAGCUGCACACACCUGGUGGAAUCUCCUGCUCGGUCGCUUCCUGUUAGGGUUUGCGGUGGGUGCAAAGUCAACGACUACUCCAGUCUACGGCGCUGAAUGUGCGCCCGCUAAUAUACGCGGUGCCCUGGUGAUGAUGUGGCAGAUGUGGACAGCAUUCGGCAUUAUGCUGGGCUAUAUUGCUUCUGUCGCGUUCAUGGAUGUGUCGCAUGCAACCAUCCCAGGUUUCAACUGGAGGCUUAUGCUGGGGUCGACCGCCAUUCCUCCCUUUUUUGUUUGUAUCCAGGUUUAUCUGUGUCCCGAGUCACCGCGAUGGUAUAUGAUCCGCAACCGCUACCGGGACGCGUACCAGGCACUUUGCAAGCUGCGCCCAUCGGGGUUUCAGGCUGCGAGGGACCUUUAUUAUAUUCACUCUGCGUUGAAAGUUGAAGAGAAGCUCCGGGAAGGAAAACACCUGUGGCGUGAGAUGUUUACCGUCCCCCGUAACCGGCGCGCCGCACAGUCGUCUUUCUUCGUCAUGUUCAUGCAACAGUUCUGCGGGGUGAACGCGAUAAUGUAUUAUUCUUCGUCGAUGUUUCGGGACGCGGGAUUUGAUCUCCGAACGGCGCUUGUUGUGUCUCUCGGAUGUGGCAUCACGAACUGGAUUUUUGCUCUCCCGGCGGUGUACACGAUCGAUACCUUUGGCCGGCGCAACCUUCUCCUGACCACGUUCCCUCUGAUGUGCCUGUUCCUACUCUUUACCGGGUUUUCGUUCUACAUCCCCGAUCAGACUCCUCGAACGGCCUGUGUCGCAACCGGUAUUUAUCUGUAUAUGAUUGUCUACUCGCCUGGGGAGGGACCCGUGCCUUUCACAUACUCUGCCGAAGCAUUUCCACUGUACAUCCGUGACAUCGGCAUGUCAUUUGCGACGGCCACGACUUGGGGAUUCAACUUCAUCGUUUCACUCACAUGGCUCCCUCUGCGGGACGCAUUCAGCGUCCAAGGGGCGUUCGGUUGGUACGCAGCAUGGAAUUUCUUCGGGUGGAUUUUCUGCUAUUUCUGCCUGCCGGAGACCAAGGCGCUCUCUCUGGAAGAAUUGGAUCAGGUCUUUUCGGUGCCUACCCGCAAGCAUAUCAAUCACUAUCGUGGCAUGAUGCCUUGGUAUGUGAAGAAGUACAUCCUCCGCCGGGAUGUGCCGCCGCAGAAACAGCUGUAUGAUUACGAGUGA